CAUCAUCCUGCGCCGGUAGCUGUGCGUUCCACACGUGGGGAGCAUGCAGUGAGGUAAUCAGUGAUACAAUGUGCAUUAUAUAAUGGGCUACAAUGAACCCUGCUUCAUAUAACAGCUGGUACACACUGAGUGAGGGGGAGAUGGGGGUACAAUGAACCCUGCUUCAUAUAACAGCUGGUACACACCGAGUGAGGGGGAGAUGGGGUACACUGAUCCCUGCCAUAUAACAGCUGGUACACACUGAGUGAGGGGGAGAUACACAAUGAAGUUUCAUGUAACAGCUGGUACACACCGAGUGAGAGGGAGAUGGGGCACAACGAACCCUGCUUCAUAUAACAGCCGGCACACACUGAGUGAGGGGGAGAUGGGGUACACUGAACCCUGCUUCAUAUAACAGCUGGUACACACUGAGUGAGGGGGAGAUGGGGUACAAUGAUCCCUGCUUCAUAUAACAGCUGGUACACACUGAGUGAGAGGGAGAUGGGGUACAAUGAACCCUGCUUCAUAUAACAGCUGGUACACACUGAGUGAGAGGGAGAUGGGGUACACUGAACCCUGCUUCAUAUAACAGCUGGUACACACUGAGUGAGAGGGAGAUGGGGUACACUGAACCCUGCUUCAUAUAACAGCUGGUACACACUGAGUGAGGGGGAGAUGGGGUACAAUGAUCCCUGCUUCAUAUAACAGCUGGUACACACUGAGUGAGGGAGAGAUGGGGUACAAUGAACCCUGCUUCAUAUAACAGCUGGUACACACUGAGUGAGGGGAGAUGGGGUACAAUGAACCCUGCUUCAUAUAACAGCUGGUACACACUGAGUGAGGGGGAGAUGGGGUACAAUGAACCCUGCUUCAUAUAACAGCUGGUACACACUGAGUGAGGGGGGAGAUGGGGUACAAUGAACACUGCUUCAUAUAACAGCUGGUACACACUGAGUGAGGGAGAGAUGGGGUACAAUGAACCCUGCUUCAUAUAACAGCUGGUACACACUGAGUGAGGGGGAGAUGGGGUACAAUGAACCCUGCUUCAUAUAACAGCUGGUACACACUGAGUGAGGGAGAGAUGGGGUACAAUGAACCCUGCUUCAUAUAACAGCUGGUACACACUGAGUGAGGGAGAGAUGGGGUACACUGAACCUGCUUCAUAUAACAGCUGGUACACACUGAGUGAGGGGAGAUGGGGUACACUGAACCCUGCUUCAUAUAACAGCUGGUACACACUGAGUGAGGGGGAGAUGGGGUACAAUGAACCCUGCUUCAUAUAACAGCUGGUACACACUGAGUGAGGGGGAGAUGGGGUACAAUGAACCCUGCUUCAUAUAACAGCUGGUACACACUGAGUGAGGGGGAGAUGGGGUACACUGAACCCUGCUUCAUAUAACAGCUGGUACACACUGAGUGAGGGGGGAGAUGGGGUACAAUGAACACUGCUUCAUAUAACAGCUGGUACACACUGAGUGAGGGGGAGAUGGGGUACAAUGAACACUGCUUCAUAUAACAGCUGGUACACACUGAGUGAGGGGGAGAUGGGGGUAAAAUGAACACAGAUUUUUUUAUUUUAUUUUUUUAAUAGGCACUGGGUACACACUUUUUAACAUGGCUGCAGGCUGGUCAGAAAGGGCUGGGUAUAACUAAGAAUUAUAUGACUAUCAAGGCACAGUCCUCUUCAUAAAACAGUAAAACACUAUUAGAUAAACAUGUAGUUCUGGCACACUGCCUCAUCUGCCUAUCUGUUCAGCACUGCCAGAGGGUGGACAUGACACAUUGUUCUCUGGAUUUUGAUAUUUUGAAUGUUAUACAUUCGAGAUAUUUUCUCAGACAGAGCUCUCCUCGUAUUCGGAGUACUGGUAUUGUUUUCCAAGUGCUCAGUAUGUUUAUAGCCGAAAAAUACAUUACAAGAUCCAUAGACAUAUACAAUGCCAGGUAGUCUUUAUAAUUAAAUAAUGUUAUUUUUAGUGGAAAUAACCAAUCCCCACAUAUAAUGCUUCAUAGGUGAUACUAUUCCUAAAAGGGACUUGCUUUUCCUUCAGACAAUUGUCUCAUUCAAAUGUUAUCUUUGAAUAAGAGUGUAGCGGAGGCCUGGUAUUCCACAGGUUAACUCCACUAAAGAUCCCAGUGAGGCUCAGGAACAAAUAGUAAAAAUACCAUAAAGUAAUAAUUCCAGCAAACAAGGUAAUCCACGAAUAUUCCCAUACAGAUCCCAAUGACUGGACGACACACAGCAUCAGGAGCAGAACUGACUUUUAAUCUACACAACCACCUUAUUAAGCAUUCUCCCAUGCAAGGGAGGGAUUCAUCAUAAUUAGGACAGUAACCAAUAAUGUCACAGUUACCUCCCACACAUCUCCUCCCCUUAGUGUGACACAUAAUCCCAUUAUAUCUGCUGCAAUUUUCCCCAAGUUCUGGAUGUACCCCAAAACAGUUAGGUACAAGGGGCUAAGUGGCACCCCCUGGUAGCCCUGAUCUUGGUGACCAACAUAUCCAAAAUUCACCCAGAUCAGACCAGGGGUUUGGGAGUUAUGUGGAAGGGACAAUUUGACCGACCGCACACAAGGUGGUAGCCGAAAAGGGUUCCAUGUGUUCGGGAGGUAAAACACACAUAAAAACCUGACAUCCACGAUUAACAUUGCAUUCGCAUGAAUCCCCUUGUUCUUUUAACUUACCGAACAGGGGGGCUGAUUAGCCUUCCCGUUCGGGAGUUACAGAGCCCUGGAGGUUUCAGCGGUGUUCGGGUAAUUGAGUGUCCGAUUUGAGUUCCAGACACUCGACGACCAAACACCGCUGAGGUUUUCGUGCGUAAGAUGGCCACCAAGAUACAUGCACAAAGUACCAAUUAACCUGCAGUUAGAGAAGUGUGAAGCUUAAUGAGGUGCACACUUCUCUCUGGGGUGGUCUAUUGGUUCGGUAGUUUUCAUUCGUAUGGAAACUACCGAACAAUCAUACGAAUACUACAUACAGUUUUAACUAUACAGAAGAAUAAACACACGAAUUGCAGUUUUAACACAGUCUUUUAGGACAGCCUUAAUAUCAGCUGCUACAAAGAGAGUUGCCUCACUGUGCAGACUGAAACGAACAGAUACAUAUGAUUUUUUUCCCCCCGUAUUUACUUGCUUCUUCUUUCUUAUGCUUUCCACACCCACCCAAUCAGUGUCCUAUCCCUAGGAAUGCUGGAAAAGUACAUUGGGAAUGUCUGACAGAUUUACUGACAUGAGAACAGAGGGAGUUUGAUCAGUGUGAUUCAUGCAGAGCAGGCUCUGGUGUCUGGUUUCUCUCUUCUGCCAAAAUUCCCCAUCUUGACUUAACAGUAAGUUCAUAAACUUUCAUUGCAUACCUUUGGAAGUUUUUCUUCUUUAUUUUGGUUUGUACGUUUGUUUAAAAGUGUUUGCUUGCUGGUUUAAAAAAAUAAUUGUUCCACAUUUACUAUGCAAAAACGUCUAAAACAAUGUUCCAUACUCAUCAGAAUUUAGGAUUUCAACCAAUCAAAUGCUUUUCCAUAAGGAAAGCAUUGGAUUGGCUGAAAUCGGCAAGGAGAUGGGAUGGGGGCUGGGCUACACGCCGGCUUGGCAAAUCAGCACCUCCUCAUAGAUAUGGAUUGAAUCAGUGAAUCUCUAUAAAUAAAGUUCAGCGUCUCCAUGAUGAGCGCUGCCCCAGGAAGCACCUCCUAACUCCCAUCAACUAAGAAGAAAUCUAAAUUAUAUUGACCUCAAGCAGCCAUCAGCUAAUAUUGAUUCCCAACUUCUAUCCAUCCCUUCUUACUCCUGUACCUCACUGGCUAUCUCCUCAUAUAACACUACCUCUGCCCUAGACGCUGCAGCCCUGCUCCAAACAUGCACCUUGAGGAAAACACGCCCCCAACCGCGGCACACUAAAUCAACAUGCUACCUGCAGAGACGCUCUCGUGUGCUGAACGCUGCUGGAGGAAGUCUCGCACCCAGUCGGACUUUCUCCAUUAUAGAUUCAUAUUGUGUUCAUACAGUGAAGCCCUUGCCCUCCCCAGACAGUCCUACUUUUCCUCUCUCAUUAGCUCAUGCUCUCGCAAUCCCAGGCGUCUUUUUAAUACCUUUAACUCCCUUCUUUGCCCUGCUAUUGCCACCCCCCAAAAUAAUCUUACAGUCGAUCGCUUUGCAUGUUACUUUACUGACAAGAUUGAACAGCUAAGGGAAGCAUUCUCACCACCUUGCCGUUCUCUUUCUCAACCACACCUGGAUCAUGCCUUUCCUACCCUUCAGACUUUCUCCCCGGCAACUGAACAAGAGGUGCCUCCUUUCCUCUCGCCCCACUACUUGCCGCUUGAUCCUGUCCACCUCUCUCCUCUUGUCUUGUGCCUUCCUUAACACAUAUCUUCAACUGCUCUCUCUUCUGGUGUUGUCCCUGCUGCCCUAAAACAUGCUACUGUCGUACCCAUCUUAAAAAAAAAAAAACAUCUCUUGACCCGUCCCCCCCCUUUAAGUAUCAUCCUAUAUCCCUGCUCCCUUUUUCCUCAAAGUUUAUGGAAAGACUGGUCUUUACCCGUCUGACUUGUUUCCUCAAUUCCAACUCUCUCCUUGACCCUUCAGUCUGGCUUCCGCCCUCUCCACUCUACUGAGACUGCUCUUAUUAAAGUCACUAACGACCUAAUUGCAGCUAAAUCCAAAGGGCACUAAUCCAUACUAGUUCUUCUUGACCUCUCUGCUGCCUUUGACACUGUUGACCAUGUUCUCCAAACUCUUCAAUCACUUGGUCUCUGUGACACUGUCCUCUCUUGAUUUUCCUCCUAUCUAUCCAAACGCUCAUUCAGUGUCUCUUUUUCUAAUGAUACUUCCUCCCUUUGUCCUGUCUCUGUUGGAGUCCCCCAAGACUCUGUACUUGGUCCCCUUCUAUUUUCUCUUUAUACUGCCUCUAUUGGCAAACUUAUUACCUAAUUUGGAGUCCACUACCACCUGUAUGCAGAUGACACUCAAAUAUACCUCCCCUGCCGUCCUGCAAUGUGUCACUGCUUGCCUUUCUUCCAUCUCUGACUGGAUGUCCUCCUGCUUUUUUAAACUCAGUCUCUCUAAAACUGAGCUCCUUGUCUUUCCUCCUCCUAAUACUGAUUUUUCUCUUUCACUCUCCCUUCAAGUUAGUGGUACCCACAUCAGUCCAUCCUUGCAAGCGUGCUGUCUUGACAUUCUAUUUGAUUCUGGACUCACAUUUGAGCCUCACAUUCAGUCUGAUACCAAAUCCUGUAGAUUCCAUCUUAAAAACAUAGCCCGCAUCCACCCCUUUCUAACGCAAGAUGCUACUAAGGAGCUUGUCCAUGCUCUAGUAAUUUCCCGCAUGGAUUAUUGUAACUCUCUCCUAAUAGGUCUUCCCACAAGUCGUAUUGCCCCGCUACAGUCUGUAAUGAAUGCUGAUUUUCCUCUCCUAUCAUUCCUCUCACACCUCUCCCCUCUGUCAGUCUUUACAUUGGCUUCCUGUAUCCUAUAGGAGUCAAUUCAAAGUGCUAACACAUACCUAUGAAGCACUGACCAAUUCUAGCCCCUCUUAUAUCUCUCCACAGAUCAAUAUGUAUGUCCCUUCUCGGUCUCUCUGCUCUGCCUGUGACCUUCUCCUGUCCGCUGCUCGCACCCGUACGGCCAGCUCACGCUUGCAGCACUUCUCACGGGUGGCUCCUUUCGUUUGGAAUAUAUUCAAUAAUUUAUUUCAUUUUUUAUUAUAUUUAUCAUAUUUUAUAUUUAUUUGUAUUUUAGGUCUCUUAUUCUAUCCCAUUUUUAAGUGUAUCUAUCUAUUGUAGACCUAUUUAAGUCAUCUAAUGUUGGUUAUAAUAUUCUCACCAGUGUCUUUUUAGAGUAGCGCUAAUCCGCUACACUUUUUAUAUUUUGUACUUGCAUCACUACUAUAGGGAUAGAGGGAUCCCCUUCCUUUUGGAGGACAGCUGCCUUAAUUUCACUUUUCCCAGUUUGUUCUAUCAGCACUGACCCUUUACUACUGUUUCCUUUGGAAUAGCCUGCCCACCGCCAUCAGACUCUCCCCUAGUCUUGAAUCGUUUAAGAAGUGCCUCAAAACCCAUCUCUUUAGGAAAGCUUAUGGCCUCCCAGAGUAAACUCUAUCUCAUAUACCUGUCCAUUGCCCUCUAUUCUCUCCUCCAGCUCUGCUUCAUGCCCACCUUAUCUGAUUGCUAUUUCCUGUACUGUUGUGUUUUACACCCCACCUCCUAUAGACUGUAAGCUUGUUUAAGCAGGGUCAUCUUCAACCUAUUGUUCCUGUAAGUUUUUGUAAUUGCCUCAUUUAUUGUUAAAUCUCCCCUUUGAUAAUAUUGUAAAGCGCUACGGAAUAUGCUGGCGCUAUAUAAAUACCAGUAAUAAUAAUAAUAAUAAUAAUGGUUGUUCUGGUGGCUAUAGUGUCCCUUUAAAUAUGGAUUACCCAUAUCAGAAUUUUAUUAGACUUGGACACAUAUCUGUUGCAUAGCAUUGCAGAAUAUUUUGGCACUACAUAAAGUAAAAUGAUAUAUUUGUGUAAUAAAGGUAUGUUCAUAUAAGUUUUGGAAACAUAAAAUGACGUUUACAGUAAUACAAGUCUCGCUGUCCCUUUUCAAUAUGCUAGACUGUUUUUAUUGGCUUCGAAAUAAUUACUAUCCAUUUGGGCAAUCAAUAUUAUCUGUAUUGGUAAUCUCAGGUAUAGAGUAAAUAGAAUGCCCAGUUAUAUUAUCCGUAUUGGUAAUCUCAGGUAUAGAGUAAAUAGAAUGUCCAGUUAUAUUAUCCGUAUUGGUAAUCUCAGGUAUAGAGUAAAUAGAAUGCCCAGUUAUAUUAUCCGUAUUGGUAAUCUCGGGUAUAGAGUAAAUAGAAUGCCCAGUUAUAUUAUCCGUAUUGGUAAUCUCAGGUAUAGAGUAAAUAGAAUGUCCAGUUAUAUUAUCCGUAUUGGUAAUCUCAGGUAUAGAGUAAAUAGAAUGCCCAGUUAUAUUAUCCGUAUUGGUAAUCUCGGGUAUAGAGUAAAUAGAAUGCCCAGUUAUAUUAUCCGUAUUGGUAAUCUCAGGUAUAGAGUAAAUAGAAUGCCCAGUUAUAUUAUCCGUAUUGGUAAUCUCAGGUAUAGAGUAAAUAGAAUGUCCAGUUAUAUUAUCCGUAUUGGUAAUCUCAGGUAUAGAGUAAAUAGAAUGCCCAGUUAUAUUAUCCGUAUUGGUAAUCUCAGGUAUAGAGUAAAUAGAAUGUCCAGUUGGUAGGUAACUGAGAGCUGGUUAUACUAUUUAUAGACCUCUUUGCCUGUGUUGGUUCUGAAUUGAUAAUUCUCUAACUUUCUUUCUUUUUAUUCCUCUAGGGAGUAGGUUUUGUGCGGUGUCCCAGAACCUCUAAAAAUGUCUGGAAGGGGUAGAGGUGGAGGUCGGGGCCAGAUGACAUUUAAUGUGGAGGCCAUAGGGAUCACCCGAGGGGAGUCCUUGCCUCCACCAACCCUGCAGCCUCCUCUUUUAUUCCCAGUAAGUAGACACUUUGUUUCUCGUUUCAUGUUUUUAGGAAGCGUUAAGCACCAUAACCAGUCAGGUCCAUUGUAGUCGCUAUGGUGUGAGCGUGCUCACUCUCCGACCUCUGCAUUCGCUGUAACAGUUGUGUCCAAAUAUAGAUGGUUAUGAUACAUUUAACGCAGUAAUGUCACAUCCACAUGGAAACCAGGGGGACCUUCAGUUUGUGUCAAACCACUCAAACAGUUUGGCACAGACCAAGGGAUGGCACCAGAGGCAUGCCACACCAUAACCACAACAGUGGGCACUAGUGUUUAUUGUGCUUUAAGUGCUAUUUUAAUGCCAAAAAUAUGGUCCAUAUGAUGGCAAGUACUAUUUACUCUAAGUAAAAGAAGCCAAAGAAAACAGCCAUGAGUAUUGUGCAUUGUGGCGAAACCGACCUCGCCACUGGCCAUUGGAGAAGACUGAUUGCCAGCCUCCUGCCAUGUGACUAUGGCCCCUGGGAUGUAUUGCCCUUUAAAGACAUUAUUGGGGCUUAUGGACUUUCAUUGGACUGGUGCUGGCCCUUUAAGCACAUUUUUGGGACAUGGGAAAAAUUGGGGCAAUGCCCCUUUAAGUUUGUGUCUCCAGACUUGUUUGGGACACUGCCCCUUUAAGCCUGUGUCCCCAGACUUGGCUAAAGCACUUUAUUCAUGGCUUCUUUACACUUGGUUCAAUGGGGCUUACUGAACCAAGUACCACACAGGCGGACCACCCAGAAGUGGAAGUGUUCAGGCAAUUUACCUCCCAGGCUGGGAGCCUGCUGUAGGUAAAUUGCCGACCGCUGGGUGGCCGCAGUUAGUGCAAACCAACAAGUGGCAGUGGCCAUCUUUGUUCAUUUGAACGAGAUCAGCGGUGUGUGUAGCCAAAUCCAUGGAUCUGAAAUCGGCUACACAGUUCCACUGACCCUUACCUUCUCCUACACUCCGUUUUCAGCUACAGAGACUAGGCCCCGUUCGGCAGUUUGAACUUACUGUUAUACUGAGCCAAAUGCACGAACGGCCUCGUUCGUGCAUUCGAAUGGGACUAAGUCAUUUUUCAGUGUGAAAUUGACCGACCGCACAGCCCAAAUCUAUGGAACUAUUUGGGCAGGAAAAUGUGCUUGCAGUCGGUCAUAAAGGACUUCCACCUAACUUUUUAGGUACUCUACGGAUUUGGCUGAAUUUUGGUUAUUUUUAUAGUUAACGUAUGCUGGUUCUGAAAAUGUGAAGAUUGGAUGUAUAUUUUUUAAGUUACAGUGUAUGUAUAAAAAGUAUAUUUUUCCUGCCUGUGAUAAUUACAUUAACCCAUUGUGUUCAGUAAUUAUAUCACAGGCAGAGGGGAGGAUUUUGUGGGAGUGAAUGGGUGUGGGUUUACUGUAUGUUACGUGCUUUAUUGGUUAUUUUACAAAACCCUGUGGGCAGUACUGUAAAACUUGCAUAAAAGAAGGCCCUUUGGUGCCAAGUAAAUCAGUUCUACUUCACCCUCAAUUUGGAGUGCCGUCUCUUAUUGGGGGAAUCUGCUACAAGGGGUUGCUAUGCUCUGCAUACUCCCUUGCCAUAUCACUGCUAAGCUCUUUUAAGAGCUUGUUCCUGCCUUGUUCUCUGAAGGAGUCUACGGUGUUUAUGGUGUCGGCUGGAGUGCUUGGAGCCCUCAGGAAGCGCUAGGAGCAUCCUUCAACGGAGGUACCCAGUCGGGGUGCCAGGUGAUCCGUUACAUGCAUAAACCUUACAAUUGCUUUGAGGCAGGUAUUCUGAAAGUAUACAGUCAUUUUUCUGCCUGAAAUAUUCCCUUCUGGGUCUGUACUGUCAUUUUGGCAGGCUUUAGUGUAUAAGUGGAGAGAAUUCUAAGAAAGAAAUUCAAACUUUUCUACAAAACUCCCAAUGAUUAAGAGGGCAAUACCAUUGCUGUUCCAUAUGUGUUAAAAUCAGUGUAAGGAUUGGUGCCUGCCUGUUCUAUUCUACCACAAUAACAGUAACCUGUUUACAUCCUUGUUCACCUAAUAUAUGAUCAUCUUAACUUCUGCCCUUUUUCACUCGCAACAGCGUCUCAAGGUCACUCCAUGACAACUGUUUUUAGUAAAUAAUUUGCACUAGGAACUCCCCAAACACCAUAACUACUUCAGAUUGCUUUGUGGUGCCAGGAGUGCCCCCUAUUGUAAGUAGUCAAACCGUUUUAGAACAAUUUCAUCUAAUUACCUGGUGUCUACCGGACACUGCUCUCUAGUUCCAUCACUAACAACAGAGAAGAGUCGGAAGCUCUCAUCUGAGCUAACGGAAGCUGCUGCUUAGGAGCUUCUGGCACUUCAUCGUUAGUGGAGGUGGGAGUGGCGUCCCGCAGAUGCCAGGUAAGAUGACAAAGUGUUCUAUAGCUAUUUGACUAUGUACUAAUAGGAGGAUGUCAGGGCACUCCUGGUACUAUAACAACCACAGAGAGAUGUGUUGCUCUAAAAAGCUUGACCAUAGCUGAAAUCAGGUGUAUAUUAAUGCCAUUAGCCUUUAAGGGUCAGCCUCAGCAUUGUAUUAUAACUGCAGCUAUAAGGUUAUGGUGUAAGGAGCUCCCCUGCACCUGUCUCCCCGCACACAGUGUAUUAUAACUGCAGCUAUAAGGUUAUGGUGUAAGGAGGUCACCUGUCUCCCUGCACACAGUGUAUUAUAACUGCAGCUAUAAGGUUAUGGAGUAAGGAGGUCACCUGUCUCCCUGCACACAGUGUAUUAUAACUGCAGCUAUAAGGUUAUGGAGUAAGGAGGCCCCCUGUCUCCCUGCACACAGUGUAUUAUAACUGCAGCUAUAAGGUUAUGGAGUAAGGAGCUCCCCUGUCUCCCCACACACAGUGUAUUAUAACUGCAGCUAUAAGGUUAUGGUGUAAGGAGGUCACCUGUCUCCCUGCACACAGUGUAUUAUAACUGCAGCUAUAAGGUUAUGGAGUAAGGAGGUCACCUGUCUCCCUGCACACAGUGUAUUAUAACUGCAGCUAUAAGGUUAUGGUGUAAGGAGGUCCUCUGUCUCCCCGCACACAGUGCAUUAUAACUGCAGCUAUAAGGUUAUGGUGUAAGGAGGUCCCCUUUCUCCCCGCACACAGUGUAUUAUAACUGCAGCUAUAAGGUUAUGGAGUAAGGAGGUCCCCUGUCUCCCUGCACACAGUGUAUUAUAACUGCAGCUAUAAGGUUAUGGUGUAAGGAGGUCCCCUGUCUCCCUGCACACAGUGUAUUAUAACUAUAAUGUUAUGGUAUAGAACACAAAAAAGCAAGGGUGGAACAGCGCUACAAUAACUGAUCACAAGGGGACUGCACACCUGAAUAGGAAGGUAACCCUCAAAACCUUCAAGGAUAAAUCGAACAAACAGAAUUAAGGAUACAGGUAGCGCCAAAAUAAAUGCAAUAUUGUGGUAAGUAAUCAAAAAAAGGUACUAAGUAAAAGAUAAAAAUGUCCUUGUGAGGUUUUAAAAGUCUUCAAAUGUUGACUAAGAUGUCUCCGGAGUGGUAUCACACCUCAAUGGCAUAUGCAAAAGAGAAAAUAGGAGACCAAUAGUGCAGUAUUGUAAGUCUACGGACUAUAGACAACAUAGAACUAAAAAUUGCCACUCAUGUUUUUCAGAGCUAUAACCAGCUCUCGGUAAAACAGCUUACAGUGGUAUUUCAACUCCCCACUUGUAGGGCCAUAAGGAUAACUUAGGGGUGGUAUCCACCUGUGCAAAACGUCUCGUCCAAUGACAAAGUCAGCAGGAGUGGAAGUCUGUGCCAGAUGAGGAGCACGCAAUGUAGUAUGUUUUUCAGGAGAGUUGCAGAUAAUUUUGUGUAGGUGUAAUGAGUCACACCUACGUGAUCAAAUUAUUCCACGCCAUGUUUAAUGGUAUUAAAAUGAUUACAUUCGCUCAAGUUUCCAGUUUGAAACCUCAGAUGUAAAUACCCGUCCAUCAGGAAUCUCUCUGUGUCUGUUCUCUUGCCCAGUCCUUAGAUUACAAGCCCAUUCCACUACAGACAGGAGAAGAAGUAGAGUAUAUGCUGGCGCUGAAACAAGAGCUACGGGGUGCAAUGAAAAAUCUCCCUUAUUUCAUCAAACCGGCUGCGCCAAAGAAAGGUAUGUAUUUCAUAUUUACACACCUUCAAUUGUAAUUCAAUCAUUGAAAUGAUGUGCUAACAAACUACACUGAAAUAAAAGGAGUGCAGGUAGGAGAACAUUCUACUCAGUGUAUUUUGCUUUACUCAUUUAUACAAACAACUACUCUCAAUAUUACUCAAUAACCCCUUUAGGACCAAGCAUCAUUUGUUGGUUUUUCACUUAGAAAUACACUAUAGUAUUAGGAACACAAACAUGUAUUUCUAACAUUAUUGUGUUAAAAUAACUGUUUAGGCCCCGUUGCCUCCCUUUGAGAAGGUGUCUUGCUUAACUUUUUCCCCACGCAGCACCGCUCUUGUCGUGGCUGGCCCCGCUUCACCUCCGUUGCUGAGAUCAUCAAAUUAAAUGAUCUCAGCCAAUCCAAUGUUUUCCCAUACGAAAGCAUUGUGGGGCUAUUGCGCGUACAAUACAAGGCAGUGUUUACAUUAAAAGGCCUGCAGGGACAGGUUAUAGACACGACACCAGAACUACUACAUUACGUUUUAGCUGUUCUGGUGACUAUAGUCACAACCAAUGUUUGAUCUGUUUGUGUUCAACUGCAAUUUAAAUUUUUCUCAUUUAUUGUACCAAUUUCAUAGGACAUAUAAAUUCUUAUUUAUUAUAAAUAAAUACACAGAAAUACAACAAAUAAGUCCCAGAAAUGUUUUCACUGCUUCGGCAAUAAGAAUGUUCUCAUAAUUAGUGCAACUUAAGAAAAGUAAUUGAAAAUAAAUGAAUUAAUUAGCCCUGAUUUACAGAGGGCAUCAUAUGUAUUGGAUUUCAGUUUAUUUUUGGUAGCCAAAGGUCACUAAAUGCAAACAGUAAAAUAAACUUUAAUGUGAAGCGAAUUUGGGAUUUGUCUUGUAAGCUUACUAGCCGUCACAGAAAACAAAAUUGCUACGCAAAAGUAUAUUUUUAUAUAAAGCAGACAUUGCAGGCUAUUUACCUACAUUUUUUUUUCACAUUUAUUAUGUAGCCAUUUAACUGCUAAUCUCUGCUAAAUAUUGUAGUAAAAUUGUGUAAUGUUGUGAGUUUUACCAUACUUGGCAGCAAGUUGUUAAACGCUGGUAUUGGAGGUGUCUAACCCGAUUAUUCACUGAUUAAAGUUUAACCGGCCUGCAACCAUCCUCCAAAUCGACACAGAGUUCCAGACUGUUUGUUACUAAGUCCCAGUCUACAUUAAUGGCUUCUCAGAGCCCCACUCCUUCAAGUCCCUGGUGUCACUGGUCGCCUCAUAACCUCUUUGACCUACCCUCCAAAUAGGACCGUUUAGGUUCUGGAGUCCGUGGGUGCAGUGAAAGGUAGAAUUACCAACUGGGCGCCAGUACAACAUUAAUGCAUUUGAUUUUGGUCUCAUUAACAUGGUGUCAUUGUUGCAUGCUUAAAUCUUUAUAGUUUUAGCACAAAAUAUUUGUAGAAUGCAGCACCAUGAGUCUGUCUCCUUAGCCAUGCCCCAUCACUCUUGAAAGUCUUCCUUAUCAAAUGUAAAUAUUCACAGCACAUUAAUCAAGACUUUCAAAUGCAUUAAAGUUUUACCGGUGGCCAUAGUGUCCCUUUAUUUAUUUAUAAAAUAUUCUACUAGGAUGGAUACAUUUGAGAUUUCUCUCGUUUUCAAGUAUGUCCAGGGUCCACAUAACAUUGCAUUGAUACAUUAGGGUACAAUAAAAUACAAAAACAACAUUAAUGCACAAUAUAUACAAAAUGUAACAUAGAACAGGUAGGAAAUACAUAAUAAACUAUGACAGGUGCAUUCUGUUUUGAGGUAUGUAGAGAGGGAUCUCGGAAAGUAUUUUAGGCCUGGGGAAGAUUUGAAAGUGUGCGGGAGGUCGUUCCACAAUUGCGGCGCUCUGUAGGAAAAGGAGGAUCAGGCUGCUCUCUUUUUGUAUUGAGGUAGACUAAAUAAAGUGUUGGUACUGGAUCGGAGGUUAUAGGAAGUGGGAACAGCCAAGGAGAGCAUUGUGCUCAGGUAGGGUGGGAGCUUCCCAGAAAAGCUCUUAAACACAAGGUUGGAAAGAUGAAGGGUGCGUCUGGAUUCCAGCGACAGCCAGUUCAGUUAUUUUAGCAUGUCACAAUGGUGGGUCCUGUAAUUACAUUGUAGCACAAAGUGGCAGAACGAGUUAUACAAUGUGUUGAGUUUAUUAAUGUGGGAUUGCGGUGCAGAUGCAUAUGCUACAUCCCCAUAAUCAAUGAUUGGCAUCAGCAUUUGCUGUACAAUCUUUUCCUUUACUGUAGGGCUUAGGCGGGAUUUGUUUCUAUACAGGGCACCUAGUUUUGGAUAAAGUUUAGAUGCAAGUUUUUCUAUGUGGAUGCUAAAAGAUAGAUUGUGGUCUAACAACAUACCCAAGUAUUUGAAAGAGUGGACUGUGGUGAGUGUGCGAUUUGAUUUUGUUUUGAUGCAUAGAUGGGAAUUGUGUAAUUUGUGUAAUUUAGGUACUGCUCCAAAGAUCAUUGUGACAGUUUUGUCAGUGUUUAGGAAGAGUUUGUUUUUUGCGACCCACUUUUCUACUUCUGUGAACUGGUCUUGUGUACAUUUUAGGAUUUGCAGAUAAUAUAUAAAUAAUGUAAAUAGUAGGGGGCCGAGAAUGGGGAACACAUAUCACUGGAAGAGGGAGGGAGUCGCUGUCAGAAAUGGACACGUAUUGCGAUCGAUCCGAUACAUACGAUCGAAACCAGGUUAGCGAACAAUCACCAAUACCUGAGUUUUUGAGUUUGAGUUUAUUGGGCAGACUAGAUGGGCCGAAUGGUUCUUAUCUGCCGUCACAUUCUAUGUUUCUAUGUUUCUAUGUUUGUGCAGUAGAAUGUCGUGGUCUACCGUUUCAAAGGCCUUUGCAAAAUCAAGGAAAAUAGCUCCAAGGAAAAUAGCUCCUUGUUCCAUGCCAGUUUGGAUGUCAUUGCAAACUUUUAAGAGGGCAGUUGUAGUGGAGUGAUUCUGGCGAAAACCCGAUUAAUCAGGGGUCAGAUAGUUUGAUUGUUGUUAGUAAUCACAUAGUUGCGUAUGGACACAUUUUUCUAAGAUUUUUGACAAUACCGGGAGCAAUGAUAUUGAGCGUUAGAUAGAAACCAAAGUAGUGUCACCACUUUUAUGGAUAGGCACUAUUCUCGCAGUCUUCCAAAGUUUGGGUAUGUAUGCAGACACCAAGGAUUCGUUAAUUAGGGUUCUGACGGGUUUAGCAAUUGCCGGCGUACUGAGCUUCAACAGCAUUGCUGGGAUUUGAUCAGGCCCAGACUGGAUUUUCAUUUUUAGAUUAUUUAUGUGUUUCUUAAUGACACUAAUAGGUACAGGUCUAAAAAUGAACUUCUCUAAAUUGGGUCUUUGCAAAUUUAGUGGUGCCUGAUCCACAUUUGUAGUUUCAGGAUGCAUGUCAUUUACUAGCUUGGCAAUCAGGGUAGUGGAGCAUCUGACAAAAUAAUUGUUAAAGGCAUUUGCUACAUUUAAGGGGAGUUGCAGGGUUUGACAGUGGAGGGUUGGGGGUAGAUUGGGGGAGUUUGUAAGCUAUUUAUGACUUUCCAAAAGUUUCAAGGGUUGGAUAUGUUCAGAUUUUCACAGAAAUAUUGGGCCUUGGCCAAUUAAUAUUUUGCCAUUGUGUAUAUGCAUAGUGAUCGUUCAUAGAGCCAGUACGCUUGAACUUUGACCACAAUGAAUCCCAAAACUGGUACAUUUGGAUGAGGUCAGCUGUAAUCCAGUUCAUAUGUGCCCCUUUACUCUCCUCUUACACAGCGGGGCAUGCAAAUUCCAAAACAGCACAGUGUAGAUCUGGGAUAAUGUUUAAUCUGUGCCAUGGGGGGUUCUUGAUGUCAUUUAGAAAGGAUUCAGGAUUACAUUUUUUGAAGGACCUGGUGAUUUUAACCUUGGGAGAGGAUUUAGUAGCCUUUAUUUUGCGCACGCAGUACACUAAGCAGUGAUCACUGAAACUGUUUGGGAGAACACCUGCCUCCUGGAUACUAUCAGGAGAAGUGGAGAGAAUCCAAUCGAGCCGGGUAUGGUUAAGGCUUUUAAUGUUUAUGCGAGUUGUGGAAGAGAUUAACUGCGUUAGCUGCAAAGUGUUAAACAGCGAGCAAGAACUAUUAUUUUUAGGAUUCAACCAAUCAAUAUUAAAAUCUCCAAUCUCUCUUUAAAGCAUCAUUGUCACCAUAUGGGGUCUUUGCAUAAUUUGCCAAGACCACCGAUGGUGACAUCACCACGGGUGGUCCAGUGGCCGGGGGGAGGAGCAGGCAAAGGUGAGAUUUACUUACCUGAACGUGUUCUUUGCCGAUGCAGCCAUUUUCUUUAAGCCAGUCCUCUUCAGUGUCACAGAUCCCCCUGUUUUUUGUUUAAUCUGUAAUAUAUGUUGUAACAACUUCCUACCAUAACAACCUCCUACCAGGUUGCCUGGGGAUCCUCUACCUUUUGUUUUACUGCCAUCAGCCACAUUGCCCUUCUAGGAACUGAUUUGGGCAUAAUGGAUUUUUAUAUUGCUGUUCCUGGCCCUUUAACAACUUUGGAGCAGUGUUACAACUUUAAAUUGGUACUUCAGAUACAGCCGAAGUAGUCGAAGUGGCCGCCUUUCGACAAACGAACACAUGGCGGCCGCCAUUUUAACUCAUUCGAACGCGGUCAGCGGUGUGUGCAGCCAAAUCUAUGGAACGGUUUUCGGCUACCCAAUUGCACGAUCACCGCUGACCCGUACUUUCUACUCCACUUCGACACUGCGGCUGGAUACUAGUCCCGGUCGAAGAUUCGAACGCUCGUUCGAAUGGGACUUAGACAUUUUCUCAGUGUAAAAUAGACCGACCGCACAGCCCAAAUCCAUGGAACUGUUUUUUGCAGGAAUAUGCUUGCUUGCUGUGCUUGCGGUUGGUCAUAAAGGGACCUCAACGUAACUUUUUAACCCCUGGACGGAUUCAUGUGAUUGUUACAUAUGUUGCUCCCCAAGUUAUGCUGAUCACAGAAAUAUAUAAGUUUUAUUCGUAUGUGAUGUAAAAUCAGGGAGUUAUAAAAAUGUAUAAAAAGUAUGAUUUUUCAGCUCGGAGAUAAUUGAGUAGAUACAGUAAGAAACUCAAUUAUCUCCCAAGCAGAGGGGAGGGAAAAUAUGGGGGUAGUGACCAUUGUUUGAUUGGCUAAUGCAUAAUUGUCUGUGGGUGUCUCCCUUGCAUGGGAGCACUGCAUAAAAGGAGAGUACCUGUCAUUAAAAAUCAGUUCUAUUUCGCCCUCAAUCUAGAGUCCUGUCUCUUAUUGGGGGUAACCGCUAUACAGCUGUUCACACUUGCUCUUGUAAGAGCUUCUUCACUUGGAUUACGACUGGAUGCUGAGAAUCCUCCUCACUGAUCGGGAAAAGGACACCCUCCAGCGGUUGAAACCCCUCUGCUACACGGGGUAACCGCUACAUUUAGCUCCUGGUCCUUCAGCACCAGGAGCCGACGUCACUGCCGUACUCUCUAUAUAGAGCAGGGGUGGGCACUCUGCGGCCCUCCAGAUGUUUUGGACUACAUCUCCCUUGAUGCUUUGCUAGCAUUAUGGCCCUAAGAGCAUUAUGGGAGAUGUAGUCCAAAACAUCUGGAGGGCCGCAGAUUGCCCACCCCUGCUACAGAGGAUCCCUAAAGACCGUGGGAUCAUCCAUAGAUACAGCUAAUAUCUCUGCAGCUGUCACUGGGAGAUUGACACUUCUAGAUGGAUUGCUCCGCCCAGUGUCUGAAAUUGUCAGGCGGAGGAAAAAUACUGCAACAAAAUAGUCCCUGCUUUGUCUCAUAGAAACAUAGAAACAUAGAAUGUGACGGCAGAUAAGAACCAUUCGGCCCAUCUAGUCUGCCCAAUUUUCUAAAUACUUUCAUUAGUCCCUGGCCUUAUCUUAUAGUUAGGAUAGCCUUAUGCCUAUCCCACGCAUGCUUAAACUCCUUUACUGUGUUAACCUCUACCACUUCAGCUGGAAGACUAUUCCAUGCAUCCACUACCCUCUCAGUAAAGUAAUACUUCCUGAUAUUAUUUUUAAACCUUUGUCCCUCUAAUUUAAGACUAUGUCCUCUUGUUGUGGUAGUUUUUCUUCUUUUAAAUAUAGUCUCCUCCUUUACUGUGUUGAUUCCCUUUAUAUAUUUAAAUGUUUCUAUCAUAUCCCCCCUGUCUCGUCUUUCCUCCAAGCUAUACAUGUUAAGAUCCUUUAACCUUUCCUGGUAAGUUUUAUCCCGCAAUCCAUGAACCAGUUUAGUAGCCCCUCUCUGAACCCUCUCUAAGGUAUCAAUAUCCUUCUGAAGAUACGGUCUCCAGUACUGUGUACAAUACUCCAAGUGAGGUCUCACCAGUGUUCUGUACAAUGGCAUGAGCACUUCCCUCUCUCUACUGCUAAUACCUCUCCCUAUACAACCAAGCAUUCUGCUAGCAUUUCCUGCUGCUCUAUUACAUUGUCUGCCUACCUUUAAGUCAUCAGAAAUAAUCACCCCUAAAUCCCUUUCCUCAUAUGUUGAGGUUAGGACUCUAUCAAAUAUUCUGUACUCUGCCCUUGGGUUUUUACGUCCAAGAUGCAUUAUCUUGCACUUAUCCACAUUAAAUGUCAGUUGCCACAAUUCUGACCAUUUUUCUAGUUUACCUAAAUCAUUUGUCAUUUGGCUUAUCCCUCCUGGAACAUCAACCCUGUUACAUAUCUUAGUAUCAUCAGCAAAAAGACAUACCUUACUAUCAAGACCUUCUGCAAUAUCACUAAUAAAAAUAUUAAAGAGAAUGGGUCCAAGUACAGAUCCCUGAGUUACCCCACUGGUGACAAGUCCAAGCUUCGAAUAUAUUCCAUUAACUACAACCCUCUGUUGCCUGUCACUCAGCCACUGCCUUAUCCAUUCAACAAUAUUUGAAUCCAAACUUAAAGAUUGCAGUUUAUUGAUAAGCCUUCUAUGUGCAACAGUGUCAAAAGCCUUACUGAAAUCUAGGUAAGCAAUGUCUACUGCACCACCCUGAUCUAUAAUUUUAGUUACCCAAUCAAAAAAAUCAAUAAGAUUAGUUUGGCAUGAUCUCCCUGAAGUAAACCCAUGUUGUCUCUGAUCUUGAAAUCCAUGUGUUUUUAGAUGUUCAUCAAUCCUAUCCUUUAACAUGGUUUCCAUCACUUUCCCCACUACUGAAGUAAGGCUUACUGGCCUAUAGUUGCCCGACUCCUCCCUAUUACCUUUCUUGUAAAUGGGCACAACAUUCGCUAACUUCCAAUCUUCUGGGACUACUCCUGUUAACAAUGAUUGGUUAAAUAAAUCUGUUAAUGGUUUUGCUAGUACACCACUAAGCUCUUUUAAUAGCUUUGGGUGUAUUCCAUCAGGUCCCAUUGACUUAUUUGUCUUUACUUUUGACAGUUGAAAUAGAACCUCUUCCUCUGUAAACUCACGUGUAAUAAAUGACUCAUUUAUCCUUUUCUCAACUGAGGUCCCUUUCCUUCAUUUUCAUCUGUAAAUACAGAACAAAAAUAUUCAUUGAGGCAGUCAGCUACACCUUUAUCCUCUUCUACAUACCUUCCUUCUUUUGUUUUUAAUCUAACUAAUCCUUGUUUUACUUUUCUUUUCUCAUUUAUGUAUCUAAAAAAUGUUUUAUCCCCCUUUUUUACUGACUGUGCUAUUUUCUCUUCUGUGUGUGAUUUGGAAGCUCUUAUAACUUGCUUAGCCUCUUUCUGCCUAAUCUUAUAGAUCAUUUUGUCUUCCUCGCUCAGGUUUUUUUUAUAAUUCCUAAAUGCUAACUUUUAGUUUUUAACUAUUUUGGCCACAUCUGCGGAGUACCACAGUGGUUUCUUGAAUUUUUUGCUUUUGCUGACAAGCCUAAUGCAAUUUUCUGUUGCCUUCAAUAGUGCAACUUUUAAAUAAUCCCAUUUCUCUUGGACUCCAUUUAAAUUGCUCCAGUCUGAUAAUGACUCCUCUACCCAUAUUCUAAUUUUAGAAAAGUCUGUUUUUCUAAAGUCUAAAACUUUUGUUUUUGUGUGGUGUGCCUCAGUCACUGUUCUUAUAUUAAACCACACUGACUGAUGAUCACUGGAUCCUAAACGUUCACCUACAGUAAUAUCUGAUACCAAAUCUCCAUUUGUUAACACUAAAUCUAGUAUGGCCUCUCGGUAUAUCGUUUGACUGAAAUUCCAACACAAUCAAUGUGAAUUUUUCAUAAAGAUAUUUUCGUUUUGCUGGCGGGGGAGGGGGCUUAUGGGGGGGUAAAGGGGAUAUUGGAUUCUAAACGCUGUGCGUGCACCAUGGGAACUUGGAAAUCAGUCUUCGAUUCUGGGAUCCGGAAGCUUUGAAAAGGGCGGUGUCAUUAGCUAUAAUGUGCUCUUCAACAGAUCAAAAAAGUGCAUCCAAAUUAAAAAUGUUUUGUUUAUUUGUACACUUAAAAAAAAACAACCCAGACUGUUCUUGUCUGUAUCAGAUUACUCUGAAUUCAUGUGAAUAAAUCGUUAUCUUUGCAAAACUGCUUUCCAUCCCUUUAAUCCCUAGAGAUAGUGUUUUAUUUUAUGAUGAAAUCAGCCGGAGGUAUGAAGGUGUGCGUGUGUUUUUGCCGAGCUGUGAAAAUUUCCUUACGCACUCAAUCUGUAACACAUUUCACUAGUGACUGUUGCUAUAAGUGUUGACUGUUCCCUGCUUGCUAGCUGCUACCUUCGCUCUCCGUGCUAUAUUGAUCUCGCCUCUUGGUGACGCAUGCAGCAACUUCUAUUUUUAUCCUCUUUUUCACUCAGAUGUGGAGCGGUACUCUGAUAAAUAUCAGACGUCUGGACCUGUGGACAACGCUAUCGACUGGCAUCCCGGUAAGCUGUCUUACAUCUAGGCCCGUUUUUUUUUUAUUUUUUAUUCUGUGCUAUACAGAUCUGAGCACUCUCUGCAUCUUUCAAAGACUCCGUUAUGUUCUAAGGCCCCCUCUAUUCACCAGAACACAAUAAAUGUCUUGGGUUAUGUAGAUCAAACCAGCGAUGUUAUCUCAUGAUAAUUAAUAGCAAGUCCUGCUGAGUUUUCCUGAAGGGAUGAUUGAAGAGUCAAGCGUAACUCAUCCUUAUGUUCUAGCACCAGAAUUUGAAAGGAAUUACUUUGACAUGCAAUAACCUUAUUGUUUGGAAAAUAAGUAAUUAUUUUGCCAUUUCUUUAUAUUGAAGAAAAAGGUUUCAAGAUACUUUUUUCCAGAUUGCAAAUUUUUAACAUUUUUUUUAGUAAAGUGUACAAAAUUUACAAUGACCAGGAAAUUUAAUUUAAAUUUUUUUUUUUUUUUUUUAAAGUGUAAAGAAAAAAGUCAAUAACUAUUUAAAAGCCAUAGUAUGGGGGGGCGGGGCUAAGCAGACAGGAAAAUGUUACACCAUACCUGACGCGUUUCACAUAAAACAAUUAUUGACAAGUUUGACAGCUGUGCUUUAAGAAGAUACCUGUCUUACCAUGGAAGCAAUCGAAACAUUUAGGCGACUUCUCAGAAAACAUGUAUUGUAUAAUGCCGCUUUCAUUAUCUCUUGUGAGGUCUAGAAAGGUCACUUGUGUCUAUAAAGUGUCCGAAAGCUUGGGAGGAAUCCCUUUUGUAAUGGAUAGAUAAAUAGUUAAAUGUAUUAACUGAAGGUAUAGGAAGGGGAGAGACCCACUACAGUGAGGAGCCCUGCUUUUCAUCCUAACUUAAGAUACUACACAUUAAUAUUUCUCUUCCAGACUGGAAACUCCUUCCUCGUGAAUUGAAGAUCAAAGUAAGGAAGAUCAAGAAAGAGAGUAAGUGUCUGGCCCUAUGACUAUUCUCCAUAUUGGGAAGGGUGAACCUGACAUGUCCCACAUUUCUUACUAUUUUCUGCCCUGCUUCUCCCUGACAUGGACCGGACCAAUCAGAAUGAGCCUUUCCAAUGGGUGCCGUCCAUGUUAACAGGAGUCUUAAAAUAUUCAAAAAUGAAGCCUUCUGAUUGGCUCAGGCAGCUGUCAUUUACUGACAGACAUUUUGCUACAACCCUUUAAUAAAGGGGUCCAGGAGUUGGGAGUACAGCUGAGUAAAUAGUCUAUCAUUGGGUGCAGGCUCGCUGUUUUUGUGGAAACACAGAGUUAAAUAGUAAAAAUUUGGGGAAAUUAUUGCAUUAUAUAAUGUUAGAUUUGGUGAUAUAGGUCACAUAACAAAUCCUGGACACAUUUCACUCCUAUAUAUUGAUGGACAUCACACAUUGCUGCCAUGCAGUAUGUAGCAUUUACAUGCUGUCGAAUAGAAGUCUAAUUAUCAAAAAUGACACUCACAUGUAUUUAAUUAAGCUUUUUUUUUCAUUGAAGUUAUAUCUAAAAAUAGUUUGCAAAAGCUGCAAAUUUCUUGUCUGCAGCCUUUGCAAACCCUCCCCUUCUAACCCUGCCCAGACUUUCUGUGACUGUCCAAUCACAAACUUCCCAAGGCAGUUCAGUGAGAAGUCUUGGCAAGGCAGAUGCUCCGGGCAAUUGUUUGUCUCUUGAGUUUAUCUCCACUGAGUUAAACAAUCAGUAAAUAACAGGCUUAUCGAGAGCUGUGUGGGUGUAACCAGGUUAAUUUAUCAAGGUAUCAAUUUCCAUUGAAAGCUGAACUUUUUGUAAAAUGAAAAAAGGAAGACACACUCAUCACAAAUAAAGCAUGCCAGCUAGCUAAAGUGUUAUAGGGGUCUGGAGUGUCCCUUUAAUCAUUGACAUAUCUGGUAGUUUAUUAAUUCUGCAUUUUGCUGGGCAGUGCUUGUCAUGUGCUCCUCGUUAUCAUGAAUGAGUGAUAUUUAUAAUCCAUUAAGCGCCCAGCGAGAAAGGGUUAAUCCCUUAAUUUACUGAACCUUAGGUGUAACCAAUGAUUGGGAAGAUCGUUUAGCUGCUGAUCUUGACUUUGACCCUGGGUUCUUGUGUCUUUGCUAUAAGCCAAUGGCUGUUUGUGCUUACUGGGAGUUGUAGUUUAACACUAGAUACAGGAUAACUGUAUUUCAGCCCUGUCCCAAGACCUUGUGGAUGUAUUGGACAUUAGCACCUUGAAUGCUUGGCUAGAUCGCCACCUACUGGCACCAUGAAGGCAAUACACACUGCCAAUACGGACUUAUUUAUAACCCCACUAAAAAAAUCCUUAUGAUUACGGCUUUAGAUUUCUAUAAGUGCUGGUAAUUCCCAUCAAGGAGCUGUCAGAUCGGCGUAAUACAUGCAUCUUUUUACUGACAGUCCUUAACAAAAGAAAUCUUCCGAGACAUGAAUCAGCAGGAUCCCUUUCUGUGCUCAGAAUUCUAUUUCAAUUAUGUAACAUUAGGAUUUAUGAUUCUGGGAGAUAGCAGGUUCUAAUGAGCGGACCUUGCUGACUCACAAAAUGUCCUGCUUCCCCCUCUUUCCCCUCAAUGUCACAAAGGGAGGUGAGGUUUGCUGUACAUAUUAAAUGCUGCUUUAGAUCACAGUGUAUUUUUCCCUACCAUCUUUUUAUUUUUGUAUUUUACAAUCCUUUUUCUACACUUUUUAUCCCAAUUUUUGUGCUCUGUUUGCUACAGUCUGUAGAGUGUACCUCCUUUGCUGGGGAGCAGUGCCACGCGGUUUCUACUUGCAGGAAUGUGAUGUAAUUGCUAGACGUAAUCCAUAUUGCUGUAUUAUAUCAGAACAUGCCUGGCUUGUCAUUGGUCCUUGGAGAAUUCCAGCCAUCAUGUUAACCUGUACCUAUGACUUCAGUAAGAGGAAUUUCUAUUUAAAAUGUGAAGCUCUAGUGUUGUAAAUCUUAAUCUUUCACUUUCCCCUUAAUGUCCCGUAGAGGCCUCCGUCAUUCUCCCCAAACACAAGCAGAGAGUCCCUUUGGAUAAAGAGGAGAUCAUUAAGAAGUUGGAGGUGAGUCUUUUGUCUGAUAGCCAUUCUUGCUGAUACCCAGUUUAACUGGCAUGCCACCGUAGCUCUCCAAGGUAUUCCCCAUUCUCUGAUUUCCUCUGUAUUGUGGGGGUCUCACUUACGAACCAGUCUGGACGCUAAAGGGCCAGUGUCACACUCAAGGGCCUGAACACCAAUUAGCAGACUCUGCCUUGUUCACUUAAAAAACAAAAUAAAAAAAAACAUUGCCCACUAGGCACUAAUGAUAAAGGAAGGUCCAAGGUUCAAGGAACCCAAGGCUACCCAACCGCAAUGCUGCUCCGUUGUGGUAUCUGCUGACAAUUGGCUCGGCAUUCCUGCAAUCUGUAAUUCUGGUGAUGCUGCUACCCACGUAGUCCAUGUAGCUUUUCGGGCUGCCCGCAUGCUUUCUAUAGGAUGUUUAUAUUCUCAUAGCCAUCCAUGCAUAGCGGUGCGUAUCUUCAUUCCUGGACAGAUAUUCAGCAUUCUAACUUACCACAAUGAACACGUCUUUCAGCAUCAUCAGGAUCCAUGUAUGUUUAACUGAGUGAAAUGACGAUACAACAACCGAAAGCUAGAAUAGUCUGUCUGGUUUAGUCCGUGUGGUGGAUACGAAAGGGGUGAUCCAUCCUAGAUUUUAUUGCAUCUCGAUGUAACAGUCUCCAGGCGUAGGUUGGCUUGGGCUGGGUUAACCCUUGCCAGUCCUUGGGGGAGACCCAAGGGAGGGAUAUUUCAGACUCUAGAGGUGGUCGGGCCUAGAAAGUGGCCGCCUUAGACCUCCAGGUGGGCCACAAAGCGUCGUCUCUCUCUAAGUGAAUAUAUCACCCGCAAAGCCAUUCACGAAAGGCAAUAAGUUCUCAUUGGAGGGUCUUGAAUAAAAAAAAAUAUAUAUAUAUAUAUAUAUAUAUAUAUAUAUCCCCUGAAUAAAGGUACUGAAGCUUGACAAAGACCUCCUAGCAGGUCAAAACGUUGCUGCUCCUAUUAAAGCUGCCUGCAGCUUGAGCACCUUGAGUGCCUGAAGAAUGUCUUAUUUCAGGGUUAAACAUUAUUUCUGCAACCUGCAACAUUCCUUAUGGCGGCCUAACCCUGCACCCAGUCACUCUCUGGGAAAUAAUGUCCUCUUUGCCUUUGUGCACUACAGGGGGGAUAUUAUAUGAGAUGAGCGCUUCACUCCCAUCAUUAUCAGCCAAGUGCAUCUACAUCGUAGCAAUGCACACUCACGCCUGGGUAAUACUGACGCAAGUUACCCUCCAGAGUUCUAAACACACGCAGGAGACCAGUAUCUGCUGUAUAGCUCAGAGCUCUAGUGCCGCACUAAUCACAGAUACAGAUAGAGGCUUUUAACGUACCCGGCUACUGCAGGCAGAGUUUAAAUAGAUAAAUAAAACAAACCUACCGGAGCUGCCUCUACGCUCCCCUCUCCUCUGAUAUUAGAUCUCAUAGAGGGGGGUGUAGAGCACCCAGUCUGUUGCCAUGGCAGCCAAGAGAUUUUAAUAUCAGAACAAUUUCCAUUUAUUAGAAGACGUCUGACAGACUUUGUGAAAAGAUAUUUAACCCCUUAAGGACACAUGACAUGUCUGACAUGUCAUGAUUCCCUUCUAUUCCAGAAGUUUGGUCCUUAAGGGGUUAAAGGUACAUUGUAGGCACCAUAACUACAUCUCAUUAUAGUGGUUAGAGUGUGUGGAGUCCCCUGGCACUCCCCUUCUAUUUUAGCGGUUUUGAUGGAAAAGGAGUCCCCAGCAGCCCAUCAUCCUCUCUGCUGCUUGAGCUAAAAAAGGAAGCAUUAGCGGAGGCAGCAGUGGGCAGCUGUGAUUGGCUGAGAAUGUCAGUGGACUUUUUUCAGCCUAUUACAGCUCCCAUUGUUGGUAAGGCUACAAAGAAGUGUGUAAUCUCUGCUUUAGCCACACCUCCAGUGGGGGCCGGACUGCAGGUGACCAGUAUCACUUAUUCAUGCUCACCUGUUCAAAAUUUGAUUUGUUAAAAUGCAGUGGGGAGGGAUAAAGGCCCACAAACCAUCAGAAAAUAAUUUAUUUAAUAAAUUACGCUUUUUAUUUUUUUUAUUUAUAUUUGUAUUAUUACAUAAACCUUUUUUAAAAUCGUAAUAUAAAGGAAAUAACAUUGAAGCGUUUUGUUUUUUUUUAAAAACGUGAAGCAUCUCAGGUUUCUUGAGACACAAUUGUGCUUUGAUCACAAUGUCUCCCCCAGUGACAAUAUUUUCCCAUAAUACACAGAUUCCCCUUCUCGCUCCUGUAUAUAAUCCAUAUGUAGAUGUGCACAUUGCAGUGUUUGUAUCCAUUUCACACGUGUAAGUAUCUGAAUGUCUGUGUGCGCGCCGUGUAACCCCAGCAGCACAUCAGAAGCGUAAUCCGACAAUAAACAUUCUGCAUUCUCUUUCGCUGUCACUUCCCCCACACCUCCUCCUGGCAGCUAUGAUUACUAUAUCAUUAGGCUUUACGUCUUGUCAUCACACAAUACCUUUACAUCUAAUCAUAUUCCCUACAAGCAGCUGCCAGACAAACCGAGACCAAGAAUAUAUAGCUGGUAAAGCGAGUCUUACCGUAAUAAUAUCUUUUACAUUACCUAUUUAGGAGUUGGGAGUUUUAUACAUUUUUAGUAUUUUUCCUGCUUCCCUUGUUUAUUGCAUACAAUAAAUUUGAACAGAAACAAUUUAUAAUCUUAACGUAAAAGUAAAAUACACUCUUUUAAAUGUGCCUUUAGUUUCACUGUUAGAUUUCCUACAAUAUUUUGUUGCCCUUACACAACUGUAUCCAUUGCUUAGAAAUUAAUUCUAACAAUGCAUCUUGGCUUCUUUCUUCUAUUGGCCAUUCUACUAAUUUCGUCUUUAGAUUUUCGAUUAGGAUUAUAAUAUACAACUGUACAACUGAUUUGCUGGUUUAACGUGUUCCCUACCCAGCCCUGUAUAUGUAAGAUUUGUUUGUGGUAUAUACAGAUGCCUACUUUUUGCAAAUAAUGUCUGCUGUACAAGUAAAACCUUUUUACAUUCUGCUGUAUUUCUUUCUAAAUUCAUACUCCCAAAUAUACCCACAGAUUAAUCACAAAUUCCUAAAUCUGCUUAUAAGCGUUCUUCUAAACUCACAGCAUCAGUUUAUUCUAAAGCCGUUUCCCAUUGUGUGCUAAUUAUUCAGAACCUGUGAAUAAUCUCAAAUCAUUUAAAUCUUCUAUGGGUAUUUCUGGUAAAAGAUGAACACAUGCCCUUCACAAAACACUAAGAUUCCUUCCCACAACCAUCUUCACUGUUGACAUUUACAAGGGAGUGGGACUUUCAUUGCCGCUGCUAUAUGUGAUGGACUAUUGUGGGAAUAUAACAUUUCCACCUUGUUGUCAGGUGUGUCCUGCAAUCUUUAUUUUACUCCCUGCAGAUCUCAGAAAUAAUUUUCUGCCUCCACUUCCACCAGUAUGGUGUUCUAGGUAGCCCCGUAAUGAGUGUUUUGAGGUGGUCAUGGUACCACUACUGUAGUGUCUGUGUGCAGUUGAUGAAUGUAUGUCUGUUUACGGUCCCAGUGAGGACCUGGAUUCCCCCUCCUGUGUUGUUUCUAUUCCUUGUAGGAUAUGUUCAUUAAAGCUAAUCUCUGUCUGUUGUGUAUUACACAGAAUCUUGAAAAGAAAGAAGAAGAAGUUAGCUCCUCAGAGGAAGAGGAGAAUAAAGAAGAGGAAGAAGAAAAAGAGGAAGAGGAGGAAGAAUAUGAUGAAGAGGAACACGAGGAGGUGAGAAAUCCAUUUUUGGGGAGUACAAAUGGCCACCCAUAGAUAGAUGUCCCAGAGGUUCCUGGAGCUUGUGAACAUAGAAGUCACUGGUAGGGCUAAAUUGCCACCACUAAUGUCGAAACACAAAUGGCAAAUUGGUGAAAAAAAUGUCAAAGGAAAGUGGUCCUCCGAUUUCCACAAGUCACCUGAAUUGUGUAUAUCGUAGUCAUUUAUAAACAUGUUAAAUAGAAGCGGUCCCAGAACAGAACCCUGAGGGACACCACUUACCACUUCUGUCCAGCUUUAAAAUUUACCAUUAAUGACAACUCGUUGUACUCUAUCCUUAAGCCAAUGUUCAACCCAAGAACAAGAAUUUUCAUCUAGACCAAUUUCUUUGAGUUGGAACACUAACCUACUGCGUGGAACUGUAUCAAAUGCCAAAACCCAAGUAGGUCACACCCACUGCAACACCCUGAUCUAUACGUCUACUUACUUAUACCAUCAGGCCCUGGGGUUCUGUUUAUAUUCACUUUCUUUAGUUGUUGCUGAACCUUGUCUUGAGUCAUCCAGUUACAAUGUUUCUGCAUUUUUUUGCAGCAACAAUAUGCAUAUCUCUUGUCAUAGGUUCCUCCUUCAUAUACACUGAAGAGAAAUAAUCAUCUAAAAUUUCUGUUUGUUCCCAGGAGACCGAUUACAUCAUGUCUUACUUCGACAAUGGCGAGGAGUUUGGCGGUGACAGUGAUGACAAUAUGGAUGAGGCCACAUACUGAUUGCCAGAAUUAUCUGAGCGUCUGAUUGCACGCCGUCUUCUUAGACUUGAAACCACAGCCAGUGGCGACUGUGAAUCGGUUUACACUGAAUUACGCUGGACUAUUUUAUUAGCUUUUACAAUAAGUAACUUUUAUCGUGGACUAUUUUAAAUAACAUAUUUGUCAUAUUACAUAACGGGGAGCGGAAUGACAUCUUCCUAUUUUAGUUUUGUUUAAUAUUUUAUGAACUAACAUCAGUGGGACUCUCUGGAAGUUAACAUUCAGAAGAAUGUUUUAAUUGGAAUAUAAUGUAAAUACCGUGUUUUAUACACAGAAUCUAAAACGUGCUUUAUAAUCUUUUUGUCCGGUUUAUUCACCUUGUUAGCUGGGACCAGCGGUUUACAUAAGUAGCCAGCAGAGGGCGACCGCAGUUUGUAGCUUUAUUUAUAGCAAAUCUAUUUAAAGUAACGUUACAAGGCCGAUAACUGCUAUAGCUUAUUGUACAGAAUACAGUACAUCAAACCAUUUCAGUUUUGAUUUUUAAAGAAUCCUGGUUUUCACCCAAAUCUUGCGCUUCUGCGAGGUCUAAGACUCUCGUUGCUUGGUGUAAGCACAUACUGUGCUAGGGGUUGUGCAAACAUUUUGUUAAUGGAGAUGCAAGAUUUCCUCAAUAGGACAAGGGGGAAGAGAAUCCUCAAUUUUUUGUUUUUCUUUCCCAAAAUCAUUAAAAACUGUUUGACAAAAGCCAGCGGGACCGCAUCCACAGCCUCCCAGCAUCAGAGCUGCUACAAUAAUCUGUAAGCAUGAUGUGUUUGGUGUGUCCUUUUAAUGCUAGGUUUUGAGAUUAUAACCAGUACUAGUACAGUAUCCCGAGGCUGAAUCCCUGUGCUAACUCCCUUUAAUCAAUGUAAAAUUGCGUGUACAUAAACUGUGGAUAGAAAAUGAUGAGAGCAGCUGUUUUAACACCUGCACUGCACAUGUUUUCAUACACUGAGCUGCGUGUCGGUGUAAUCUGACCGCUUACAGUUAUCUGGGGGAGAGGGUCUCUCUGGAUAGCUCCACAGACCAGUCCACGGCCGCAGACUGAAGCAGUGUAUUCACUAGGGCAGAAAUUGUGAAUAAUUUAUCGGGGAUUUCAGCUAUGUUUUCUAUUGCACUGUUAUAACUAAAAUCUGAAACUCACUUUGCAUUCCUGAGAAUUCGCAAUGUAUUGUUCUGUGUAAUAUGCGAUGCUCCCACUAGUGCUAUCAGGGUUUGCCAAUAUGUCUUACCAUUUACUGCCUCUAGGUGUCUCUGCGUUCCAGUAAGUAGUCUUCGUACCCACAUCCUAUUCCCUGUGUCAGGACAAAACUUGACUUCACUUCUCUAAAAUCACAAGUUGUUUAAGUUGCACUUAGUUAGUAAGUGGUUUUUAGUGAUUUAACGAGCAUUAUGCUCCUCACCAAAUCCAGUAUUGCUGCAAUAGGAUAGUGUUUUACGCCUCUUACACUCUGAGAGUGUAAUCAAAAGACAAGUGUUCUGCUGUGAUAAAAAAUAAUAUAUAAAAUGCAGCAUUCAUAAUCUGCUCCUUUUAAUUUUAGUGCUGCCUCCAUUUCAUAAUAUUUUACUUGUAUAAUACAGUUUUAUACCUACAUACUCUCAAACUGUCCAUACUGUAAAGUGAAUACGCACAUAUCGACUACAACUCCAGCAAUCCAGGAUAGUGAGACUUAGAGUUUGUAAUUAGUUUUAGAUCUGCACAUUGACAGCCCCUAAUCUGCAGUAAAAUCUCUACUGAAGUCAUUUUUUAAUAUGUUUAUAAAAAAAAACAAAAAAAAACCUCGGUCUGGAAUCUGUCUACUGUAACAACUACUCGGCAUUCUGUGAACGAAAAUAAAUUAGAUUCUUGUAUUUGCUGUUGUGCAGAAGAACGUUCUUUGCUUGAUUUUCAAUUAUAAUCUACAAAUUUCUGUAACUAAUUGAUGCGCACCUCGUUAAUACAGUUACGUUCACCUUGUUUUCACAUUAUUUU